AUGGCAUGGGGCAUCAGGAAGACCAGGUUAUAUUGGUCAUGUGCAACAUGUGAAAGGAACUUUCAUCCACAAUGUUUAGGAUAUGCUGAAAAUUCAGUAAAACCCUUUGAUUUCCAUUGUCCAGAGUGUGAGUUGUCACCUGUGAAAGCAUUAAAGAGGAAACGUUACAGUGUUAACAUUGAUAAGGAAACCGAGGUAAAUGAGGAAAUAUCAAAUUAUAAGGAAAUGGAGGAUGAUGGGGAAAUCACGGAUAAUGAAGAAAUAUCACAUUAUAAGGAAAUGCAGGAUGAUGAGGAUUUAACAGAUAAUGAGAAAGUGCAAGGAUAUCAUAAAACUGACAGUGAAAGUGAAGUGGAAUAUGACGAUGAUUUCAACCUGGAAUUUGCAGAUUUUGAACAACUGAGAAUAAAGAAUCACUUGUAUGAAAUCAUGAACUGUGAGGACAGUAAAUGUGUUGAAGUUGAACAUGAGCGCCAUCACGAAUUUGUCAGUGCUCCCCAAAAAGUAUAUAACAGAGAGAGAAGAACAGUGGCAUUUGGAUGUGAAGUAGUAAAUCAAAAGGUAUGA